AUGGGUCAUCGAAUCGUCUCUAACGGCUGUCACCCGGCAGAAUGGAAAAAUGGCAACCUUGUGACUCUCCGGUGGCUGUCACCCAACGGAGAGGAGCUGGAUAGAGGUGGGAUGCGUGUCAGGGAGUUUCAUCAUCAAGUCUGCAUAGCAAGAGGAGGCUCUUCAUCGCAUCUGGUACACUCUCAAGAGGUGGCAACUCAUCUCUCGGCGGAUCGUCCUCUUCCUGACAACGGCUUGUUCGUUAAUCAAUCGAAAAUUAUUUACUCAAUAGAUUCACAAUCCUUUUAUGACGAAUCGUUCAGCAAUUUUAGUAACAAUGCUCUGCGAAUCACAUUGACAAGAUUUUUGCCAAUGAUUCAGCAAUUCUGGCAGCUUAAUCCUUUACCAAUAAUCUGCAAAAAAGUCAUGAUAAUCAGAUAAAAAUACAAGUUUUGACUUUGGGAGGAUUUGAACUCGCGUCGAUUACCCGCCUACAUGAGAGAGAUUGAAAUAAGUACUCUAAUACCUUUAUCAAGUGACAUCAUCAUUGUAUAUCUCUGUUAUAACAAAAGGGUAUUUUAAGUAUUAAAACCUUCGAACCCUUUCGGGGGAAGGUGUGACACGGGUUUAGUUUCACAUCGCUUGUGCGCCAAAGUUUUGGACAAAUAUAUAGUAAUAUUAUAUUUACAAGUAAUGAGUCCAUUUCUCCUGCGUGUACAACCACUCCUUGCCCCACAACUAACUGACCACUAGUGAUGUCGAAGGGGAGUGGCGCACACAUGCCCCCAUCGGUUCUACCUACUCAAGCUCUUGCUCAUGGCUCCCCCCUACUGUGCUUCUGACCCACUUGCGGGCCUGACUGGCCGGUGGGUCCCUCACAUUUUGUUAUAUUUUUAUUUUUAUUUCUUUUUCUUCAUUUAUCUCAAAAAUAAGACAAUAAAAAUCAUAUAAAUUCAUAAAAAUCACAUAAUUAGCCAAAAAUUCACGUUAAUCAACUAAAAACUACUUUUCACACUUGAACAUAAAUAUAAGUCUAUUUAUCAUGAGUUAAGGCUAAAAAUAUAUUAUUUACUAAUUAUUAACUCAUGAUAAUGAAGACUUAUCAAACAUCAAUGAUGGAGGGAUUAGACGAGAAUAUAAAAUUCUUUAUCAUCAAUUUAAUUUUUCAUUAAAAUAAGUAAUAGGAUGAUUUUAUUGACUUAGACCACACCACCUAUACCUAAACCCAAUUGACAUGACUUAAUCAUUGUAUAGUAAAUCACGCAAAUUUAAAAUUUAUAAAACUAUUACAAACGAUUUAAUUGAUCAAAUUAAGAUCUGUAAAAGUCAGAAGAAUCGUAAUGGAAUGAAGUAUAUCUUGAUAACUUUAAAUCACACAAAUUAUCACUAAAUGAAACGGAAAUUAAGUUGAAAGUAGAAAAGUAGGAAAACAGAGUUCCGACAUCGUGUCGGCAAUGCAUCAGAAUCUUGAGCGUUCAAGAGGAUCGUUGUGCAGUGUCCACGGCCUCGAAGGCACUCUUUGGACAAGGACACGACGUGGCCAAACUCUAGAUCUCCUUGCGAAGUCUAGAGAUCAAUGA